AUGGCUGAAAGGGCUGAGCUGUUAGAAGAUGAUAUUGAGGUAGUCACUUCACCUCUGAUAAAGGCUGAGGCGGUCCAAGCUGCUAUGUCGAUGGACAGAAACUAUUAUGACAACUUCCACUUAUCACCACUAAAGAUACAUGUAAGCUUCUCAUUAGCGAAUACGGGAGCCGAGGCUGGAGCUGAAGAAGGUGGCUUCCAGACCCGGAAAAAACCUGGAAUGAAACUUGGCAAAAAUGCAGUCAAUCUGUUGCUUCAAAGUGUGGGAGUGACCCUUACUAAUGUUGAUGAUGUCAUCUUUAGACUUGGUUAUUUUGAACGACGCUUCAAGUUCUACAGCCAACCACAGCUUACGUUGGAGUUAACAAAGCACUAUUCAAAUCAAGCCGUCAAGCAGUUGUAUGUGUUGGUACUAGGCCUAGAUGUGAUCGGCAAUCCGUUUGGCUUUGUACAGGGCAUGGGAGCUGGAAUCAAGGACUUGUUCUAUGAACCAUAUCAGGUAGAAAUGUGUGGCAAUUAUCUUAGAAUUAUAAUAUUUAUCAAAGUAGUGGAUUUGGUGUGGUUUCUUUGGUGCGGAACACAACAAGGAUGGCCCACAAAAUCUAAAGUCUUAUUUUUAGCAGGGUCCUUCUUAUGGGUGCCAUAUACUGCCAGGAGACCAUCCCCUACUCUUUUCCUAAAAGUGUACUGCAUUCUGUAACACAUACAUGGGCCAUAAUGCAUAUGGGACCAAUGUGUUAAACGUCUGAAAAGACGUUGGCUAUUGGAACUUGCAUUUCAGCCAACCAACUGAAACACAAGAAGAAUUAUUCUUUAUAAAUUACUCACCUACCAUAAAACCUAGAAGUCCAGUGGGCUUAAUCUCGAGAUGAAGCCCAUCACAAA